AUGUCACAGCAAAAUGGAGGAGGUUCUGCCUCCCUGGCGUCUAUAGAAGCAGCGCCACCCACCCACGGACUUCUGCGCACCAUCACUUCGGGUUCGCAUUCAUCAGCUUCCUCGCUCCCACACAACAUUGGCUCACCAUCAGUCCCAUCCUCGUCGAAUACGACCCGAUCGUCGAAUACCCCGUCGAGGAAGGUGGAUAUACCGCGGCUCUCAGCGGCCACAACCGAGUUACUCGCUCGAGUCACUGGGAACCUGAAAGGAACACAGCAAAGAUAUGAUAAUAAGUUUAUCCGUUGGAAUCCUCUGGCUGCAAAUCGAGUUGGAAGCAAUCCGAACAGUCACCAGAGAGGCGCUAUGAGAGCCUCUUCAACUAUUAUCGAAUUGCCUACGGCGCCGUUCACAUAUUCGAGCAAUGUGGUGCCACCUGCGGUUUCUCCAAGUACUGCUACUUCUACCGUUACCCGAGAAACUCCUUCAAAUUCUACUGAGAGCCUGCCUCAGACUACUCCAUCAACGGCUAGGCCUUUGCCUGCAGCGCCCCCAAUACCUGAAUCGCCUAAAGCAGCACUACCGCCGGCGUUGGUGUCUUUACGACCAACACAGCCUGAGGCUACUAGUUCCGCGACUAAUUCUCCACUUACAGCAAGCUCAGCAUUUAAGUCUAAAAGGCCUACGACAAACGGCUGCCGUAAGAGAAACAGUACCACGAAUGGGGCCAAGAACAAGAGACGCCGUCGCAAUAGGGACAGUGACGAUGAGAGUGUCAUUCGGGCCGGUGAUUCUAGCAGCGACGAGUCUGACAUCGCGCCGACGGCCACUCAGACCAAGUCUGGCCGACAGGUCAACCGACCUUCUUUAUAUGUGCCUCCACCUUCGGUGCCGGCUGUUGUCAAAGAGACCAGUAACUGCCUGGAGACGUCGGACAACACGCGUGGCUCUACUGAAGCGACUCGGAAACGUAAGCGCGUUCAACGCAAAGCGAAGGAUGUGUACGUCACAUGUACCCGCUGCCAGAGGGGGCAUAGCCCAUUGAGCAAUGCGAUUGUGUUCUGCGAUGAAUGCAAUGGGGCCUGGCAUCAAUUAUGCCAUGACCCUCCCAUCGGCUUAGAGGUCGUUACAGUCAAGGAGAAGGAAUGGGUUUGCGGUGAAUGCAAGCCUGUGCCGAUUACCAUUGUUCAGCCAACGGUCGUCAGGAGUAAUCCGACACUUGCGAGAGCACACCCAGUCUCAAUUCCGGCAUCCUCCUUGAUAGUACCCCGAGCCGAAGUGAGUGCGGAGGGCUACUCGGCCGAAGAGCGGCGGGGGUUUCUGUCAGGCUUGUCGCACGCAACCCUUGUUGAGCUUCUCGUGAGCAUAUCGGGGAGCAACCCCACCCUGCCAAUGUUCCCCGCGAACUUGAAGGAAUAUCGCUCUUCAAGAUUUUCGUUCCGUCCUGGUUGUUCAGCUGUGACAGAUGCUUCUACUUCUGUUCAAGUGCCUAUCGGAGAGACAAACGGCUUGACGCAUACAGCCAGUUCCAUGGAAGAAUCAACAAGGUCAUCAACGGUAGUUGCGGCGGGUGAUUCAACGGUGCCGUUGUCUCGAACAAGAUAUGAGGAGCUUUCCGAUGAAGAAUCAGAGUAUGAGUUUCAAGAACAUCGUCUGUAUCCUCGCGCAGGAAACGGCUUCCGGCUGCCAGUCGGUUUGGAUGACAUGGACAUCCUCAGCGAGGACCCUGCUUGUCCGACAUUUAGCUACUCAUUGCAUGGGCCUGCUCAAGUCCGGGCUCAGAUGAAACAGAGCGUGCCGGUUUGGGGUUCGUGA